AUGGCUUCUCCCCGCCCUCACGGCUUUGCUCCCCAAGGCUACGCUCUUUCCAACGGUGCGCCUCAGGCAGCUCCGGCGCCCGGAGCCACGCCGCUCCUCCCUAACAAUGGCAGAGUGAUUCAGAAUGGGCCUACCCGGAUCCUGUGUAUUGCCGACGUCCGAGGAAACCUGAAGUCUCUAAAUGAGCUUGCCAAACAGGCUCGCGCUGACCACAUUAUCCACACUGGAGACUUUGGUUUCUAUGACGAUACUUCUUUGGAGCGCAUUGCGGACAAGACUUUGAAGCACGUGGCCCAAUACUCCCCUCUUUUGCCUGAGAACGUGAAGCGUACUAUUGCGCAAGUUCCCCCUCAGCAGUCCAUUAAGCAACGUUUCACUCCGGACCAACUGCCUCUCUCCGAGCUUCCCAUGCUCCUUGACAAGCGCAUUACUCUCGACGUACCAGUUUACACAGUUUGGGGUGCCUGCGAGGAUGUUCGCGUGCUGGAGAAGUUCCGAUCUGGAGAAUACAAGGUUGACAAGCUGCACAUUAUUGAUGAAGCCAACUCACGACUGCUGGACAUUGGCGGUGUGAAGCUGCGUCUGCUCGGUCUGGGUGGUGCUGUGGUUAUGCACAAGCUUUUUGAUAACGGCGAAGGAAAGACAACCAUUGCCGGUGGCCAGGGAACUAUGUGGACUACACUUCUGCAGAUGGGCGAGUUGAUUGAUACCGCCAACCGAGUCUACGACCCAUCGGAGACUCGUGUCUUCGUUACUCACGCCUCCCCUGCCCGCGAGGGUAUGCUGAACCAGCUCUCUGUCACACUCAAGGCUGAUUUCUCUAUUUCUGCCGGUCUUCACUUCCGCUACGGCUCCUCUUACAACGAGUUCUCCGUCAACCCUUCACUGGAUCACUACCGUGGCAAGCUUGCUGCCUCCAAGGCCUCUUUCACCGAUGUCUGGGAAACUGUUCGUGGUGAGGUUGAGUCGGCCAUCUCUUCGAAUGAGGCUCAGAAGACUCUGUUGGACAAUGCUCUCGACGUGGUCAACAAGAUGCCAUCUAUCGCCAACGGUGGUAAUCCGUUCGGUGGCCCAGUUGCUGCUGGCAAUGCCGCCGGUCAGGUCGAUGAGAGCGCCUUUAAGAACAUGUGGAACUUCAACUUGGCCGAUGCCGCCUUCGGUUACUUGGUUCUUGAGAUCGAGGGUGGACGAAUUGCGACCGAGAUGCGCGCACAGGGUUUCAACUUCGCUCACCGUAGCGGCAAGCCUGCUGUAGGCGGUGGUCCCCAGGCUGUCUCUGGUGGUAUGCCCGCCACUACUGCUUCGCCUGCCCCAACUGGUGCUGGUCGCCCUUCUGUUACUCCUCAGUUUGGCCAGGCCCCACCUGCUCGGGCUCCUGUCUCUGGCCAGCAGCAAGGUCAGCCUAAGACCCAGACUGCUCGAGGUUCCCCAAUUCCCGUUAUCCCCAAGGCCCCUAGCCCUCAGGUUUCAGUUCCGCCCGCGACUCAGCCAGCUGUUGAGGAGAAGGCUGCAGCUGAUCUCAAUGGCUCUAUCCAGUCGGAGAAGACCGGUGAUUCCCCCGCUCCUCGUACUGCCGAGAAGAAGCCAAGCAAUGUGCUCUUCCUUGCAGGUGUCGACAACGAACAGGCCGCGCGUGACUUGCUUUCUGAAGAAGACAUCCUCAAGCUCGAGAAGAUCGAGAAGUACGGCAAGUUCAAUCACACUGUGACCUUCCUCACUGUGGAAGAUGCAAAGGCAGUACUUGACCGCCAGUCUAUUGAGAACAAGAAGCCCUCAGUUGGAGGUCAGACUCGCAAGCCCCAGUUCAAGUUCUUCGAGGACCGUUCUCGUGGACAGGGCAAUGCUGGUACCUGGCAAAGCAGCAGCCGCGGCGGUGGUACCUCCGGCCCUCGCUCCAACUACCAGAGUGCCAGUGAUAGCGAGGGAGCUCGCCGGGGUGGAUUUAGUGGUCGCGGACGUGGACGUGGUGACCGUACCCGUGGACGUGGUGGUGGUCGCGGAGGUUACAAGGGAGGCGCAUCUAACGACUCCCCUGCUUCAACUCCCUCCGGUGAUAAGCCUGCCGCAUCUGGAGAUGCUUAA